AUGCCAACCGUAAUGGAAGCGAUCUUUCACACUAUGAUCGAUUUUCGGAAGGAAAUCUUGGACAACUUUCAACUGUCGCUUGAGUAUCACACGGAGCAGCUUGAGGAAAUCAAAGUUCAUAUGGAAUAUAAGAUGGAAGCACAAGAAAAUCGAAUGAAAAAUGAAAUCAACGAAAUUAGAAAAACACUUCGCGAGAUCAGCAGCGUGUUGGUUCCCAGUUCAUGUGACCGGAUGAAAUCUAAGUCCUCCGGAAUGUUUUACAUUAGUCCUUAUGGAAACAUUGCCCAAAAACUCUUGGUCUUUUGUAACUUCGAUAACAACUUCAAUCUCGGCGGUGGCUGGACGGUAUUCCAGCGACGGAUUGAUGGGUCCGUCGAUUUUUUCCGCAACUGGACGAUGUACAAACAUGGAUUCGGAGACAUUAGAAGAGAGCAUUGGCUGGGUUUGGAGAAACUUCAUGUUAUGACGAGAUCGGGAAGACACGAGCUGUUGGUGCUGUUGGAGGAUUUCGAAGGAAGUUCAACCUAUGCGCUGUAUGAUGAUUUCAAGAUUGCGAGCGAGGUGGAAAAAUACAAGCUCACCCUGGGAAAGUAUUCGGGUACCGCUGGUGACUCGCUGACACGCCACAAUGGAAUGAAGUUCUCUACAUUCGAUGGAGAUAAUGAUAAAUCCGAUGGCAACCUUGCUGAAGCAUUAUCUGGAGCAUGGUGGUUUGGAAUCACUGGGGUAUUUCAUUUGAACGGACCAUAUAUUUUAAAAGGUAACCAUAAUCGAUAUGGAGUGAGUUGGAACUCAUUUCGACAUCCCUACUCGAUGAAAUCAGCAACAAUGAUGUUUCGCAGUCGUGGCUCUAACUAGCUCUCGGAUG